AUUGCUAACCAAUGCUAUUAAUAUUUUUAUUUAUAUUGCAGUGCGUUUGGAUACUUGUAGCAACAGUAUGCCUUGUUAUCUGUCUAACCGAGGCUUCUGGUGAUAAGAAAUGCGAUGUUAUAAAGUUUGGUAAAGGGAAGUAUGACAAGAAAAAAGAAUGCUGGAAGAAGGAACCUACAACGCCUAAUUUGGAGGCUACAUCUGUGCCUCAAUCUUUGAAAAUCAGGAGAAAAAUUCAGCGUGCGCUGAAGUGCAGAAUGGGAAUAAAGAAGUUUCUAGCUCAGAAAUCGUGUGACUGUGAUCCAAGCAAGUGGUCAAGUAUUGGACUGAAAAAUGUUUGUCCAAUCAAAUUCGAGUAUACAACAGAAAUUAAGAGAGGAGGAGGAAAAAAAUGCUAUGUUGUGUUUCCUUCCCGGCAAUGUGUAACAUUCGCAAAGUGCGACAGAAAAAAGAAUUGCUCGAAAAGAAACCAAACUAACAAGUUGAAAAGCGCUUGUUUGGCUGACCGAUUCCGUUACUUCAGCGUCUGGAUAUUCUGUCCGGACAAGCAUAGAUUUGAGUAUGAAACCGUGCUGUUACCUCAGUGCUGUUCCUGCAGAGAGUACAAGCUCUGUUAGCCAUAAAUGGAACAGCAUGGGAUCCAAUUGUUCUAAGGCUGAAAAUAUGUAAUUCUCUAGAGUUUGUUUCUACAAUAGAUGAGCCUUUAACAUGUUGCCGGAUUUUCUUUUGCUGUUAAAAUACAUAAAUAAAAGCAUUG